GAAAGGUUUUGCUGCUUCUUUUUCUUCCUCUCGAGACUCCACGAGAUCUUUUUUUUUGGCCAGUGUCUCCCUUGCUCCUCCGCAUCUCCGGGAAAAAGGUAGUAGCUUUUCUAGAGGAGAUUGAGAAUUGAAGCCCAAAAGGAAGAAGUUCAUGACCGUCAAUCGGGUUGGGCAUAGAACUCAUGGAGCUCGUCGGUGAUCAAUUCUAGGGUUUCUUCAUUUAAGGGUUUAGGGGACAAUGCGGUGGUUACUGUUUUGUAGGACAAGUUUCUCUCAAUCGCUGUAUAAACGCCGAGGAGGAUUUGAUUUCCAGCAGAAAUUCGGUUUGGUUAACGUUAAGUUGAAAUGGGUGAAAGAUAAGGAACUUGAUUCUGUUGUGGCCCGUGAGAAGUAUCUUAGAGCAGUGUGUAAUCUUGUCUCGAUCAUCUCUUCUGCACCUGGUUCUCGAUUACCCGUCUUCCACCUCAACCGGCAUCGUGGCCAGCUAGUUCUGCCUGAAGAUCUUAAGCUCGCUUCGUUUAUCAGGAGAUACCCCAACAUCUUUGUGGAGUACGACUAUCGUGAUAGUGCAGGUACUCGGGUUCCUACUUUUGGUUUGACCCCUGAAGCUCGGGAUCUUUACCAUGAAGAAGUUAACGUGCUUCGGCUGAAUCAAGAGGAUAUUCUCGAGAGGCUGUGCAAGCUUCUUAUGCUCACGAGUGAAAGAACACUUCCUCUGCACUCUAUUGACCAGUUAAAAUGGGAUCUUGGCUUGCCAUACGAUUAUCAAGAUUCCUUGAUCCCGAAUCACCCAGAGUUAUUUAUUUUGAUCAAGUUAUCCACCGAUCUUGUUGGUUUGAGACUGGUAUCGUGGGAUGAACGCCUUGCGGUUUCCAAGUUACAAAGGAAUGCUACUUGGCAGCAAACGAGAGAAGACUUGAGAAAUAAUCGGUUGGCCUUCCCAGUUAAAUUUACCAGAGGCUAUGGAUUGAAAAGGAAGUGCAUGGAGUGGCUCCAAGAAUGGCAGACACUUCCUUACACAUCACCUUAUGUCAAUGCUUCCCAUUUGGAUCCACGGACUGAUGUAUCAGAGAAGAGAAACGUCGGAGUUUUUCACGAGCUUCUUCAUUUAACGCUGGGGAAGAAGACGGAGAGAAAGAACGUGAGCAAUCUUCGUAAAGCGUUCGCCCUUCCCCAGAAGUUCACAAAAGUGUUUGAGCGCCACCCAGGUAUUUUCUACAUUUCUAUGAAGUGUGAUACACAGACAGUGAUCCUUAAAGAAGCAUAUGAGAAAGGACAACUCCUGGAAAAACACCCACUUGUCGGAAUCAGGGAAAAAUUCUCGAGCAUGAUGAACGAAGGGUUUCUGGAUAGAAGCAGGGGACUGUACAAGAGAUCUUCAGACAGUGAUUUCGAAAGAAGCCGUGUAAAGAUUGAUCAUCGAGUAUCAUCAGGAGAAGAAUCAGAUGGUUAUCUGUUAUCUGAUAACGACUCUGAUGAUCCCAUUGUUGAUCCAUCCUGAGUUAUUCCCGAGCCGUUUGACUGUACAAUCCAAACUCCGAGGAUUUCAUUGGGUCUUCGACCUCUCAAACAUGAAUUUCCUCAGAUUCUUCAGGGUUGAAAUAUCAUCGUAAUGGAGGGGAACCGGGAAUCGGUCUAUAGAAUGCCUAUAACCAAUCUGCAAUUUUUGUCGGAUAUCGAUCAACUAUGCAAAAUAAACCGAGUUUUGGCAUGCCGGAUUCAUGCUUGAGGACUUUGAACCAUUGGAUUUGGAACGUCGAUAACUCAAAGACUCGACUCAGACGAGAUUUAUGGCGCAGUUUGAGUUACAGAGGAUAUGUGGACAGAGGAAGGAAAGUGGAUGUGGUAUUUGAAGUGCCGCCAUUGAUGGAAGUUUCAACAAGCUCUGGAUUUUGGAUCCCGGUUUGGUUCUCUGAGUUGUGAUUGGUAAGUGAAGUGAAAGCUCGCAAUGGCUCUUUACAUCAAACGUUUCUUUUUAAUUAAA